GUCUUCAAGGGCUGUAAAAUCACAGUGUCGUCCACCAGUCCUGAUCGCACUCGAACCAGUCAACCUUCAUCGACCUAUUCGAGACUUCACGCAGUGCUUGGACACUAACUGAACCAGCAUCGUCGUGGGAUAUACCCUACGAGUAACUCGACUAACUAUACAUGCUGUAAGUUUGGACUACUCGACCGACCAGCAUGGGGAAUAAAGCCUCGGCAAGUUUUUCAGUCGAGGCAUCGGCGUCUGCCGAUGCGUCUGCCGAUGUGCCGGCGGGGGAGCCUGUCAAGAAGAAGAGACGGCUGAGUUUCAACCUCCGUAACUCAUUUCGUCGGUCCGGCCGGGAACGACGAAGUAAGCGACGAGCAGGACGAGGAGCCGAAGCGGGCGCGAAUGUCAGUGUGGAAGCCGAGAAGCCCAACGUCGACAUGGAUAUCGACGCAUCAGCUGCGGCUGGUGCUGGAGCUGGAGUGGGCGUGGGCGCUGGACUCGACGCUGGACUGAGCGCAAGAGGAGGUGCCGGAGUAAGUGCAGGUGGUGGAGCCGUGGGAAAGGCCCCAUUAGCAAUAGACGAACUAGCACAGGCACAACCAGACCUUGAUACAGACGCAAGUGCCGCGAUGUCUCUCGGAGGUUCGGUCGGAGGUGGAUUACCAUCAGGUUCUGUCGGAAUCGGCUUGCCUUCAGCAUCACUCUCUGUCGGGGGGAGUGGUAAUGCUGGAGCAGAUGUUUCCGGUGGAGCUGGAGUUGGUAUAAGUGGAAAUGCUCCAUCAGCCAAAGUUGACCUGGGAGGAGCGCCAAGUGUGGACGUUGGUGGAAAAGGAGGUGCUGGUCUGAAUGUCGAUGCACCAAAUGUUCAAGUUGGCAAGAAGGGGAAAGGCUCAUUACCAAGAGGAAUGUUCAAAAAGAAAGGAGGUGCAGGUGCCAAAGGAGACCUCAGUGCCGAUGCUUCUUUACCAGAUGCAGAUGUUUCACUCGAUUUUGGAGCCAAAUCGAAACCACGCAAAAGGAAGAGGCCGGGAUUCUUUGCAAAAUUAGGAUUUGGUGGUGACUCAUCGUCAUCAUCCGACUCAUCUGACGAUGAAGGUGAAGGAAACAUUAAACUGAAAGGACCUAAAUUUGGAGGAGGAGUCUCUGGUGGUGCCAACAUGGAUGUACCUCAAGGAGGUGCUUCUGCAGGACUUGAUGUUAAUGCUCCGGGCGGGAACAUUGAUGCAUCAUUACCAUCAGGUGAUGCAUCCUUAGCUGUAAAACCACAAAUUGAUGCUUCAGUGAAAAUGGGAAAACCAAAAAAAUCAAAGAAAGGAUUUGGAUUUGGAUUUGGAGGUGGUGCGAAGGGAGACGUUCCAAGUGGUGAUGUUUCUGUAGGUGGAGGAGCAGACAUUGGAGGAGGAAUCGGUGGUGGCAUUGGGGGUGGUGUUGAUGUUGAAGGACCAGAUGCAAAAGUAGACCUUGAUGGAGACGCCGACAGAAAAGGAAAGGGAAGGUUUGGUUUCAAAAUGCCUUCUCUUUCCUUUGGUGGAAAGGGGAAGAGUCCAACGGCAGACCUAAAAGCUGAUGUACCAUCAGGAGAUGUUGAUGUGAAAGGGGAUUUACCAUCUGGACGUAUGGGUGGUGGAUUUGGAGGAGGACUAAAUGUUGAUGCUGAUCUUCCAUCUGCAGGCCUGAAAGUAGGAGGUGAUGUGCCAUCAGCUGGUGUAAACAUAGGUGGAGGAAUUGAUACCCCUAAAGGUGGAUUUGGACUUGGUGGUCAUGGAGGCGUCGAUGUUGAUGGGGGUGUAGAUCUUCCUUCUGGGCGAAUAGGAGGUGGAAUCGAUGCACCAUCUGCCAACAUUGGAGGAGGUUUUGGAGGUGGUUUGGGUGGUGGAGGCAUAGAUGUAAAUGCACCCAAAGUAGGCAUAAACGCUGGUGGAGAUGCCAAUCUGCCAUCAGGAGGAGUUGAUGUUAACUUGCCAUCUGGAAGAAUUGAUGGUCCUAAAGGGGGCUUUGGACUUGGUGGUGGUGGAGGCGUCGAUGUUGAUGGGGGUGUAGAUCUUCCUUCUGGGCGAAUAGGAGGUGGAAUUGAUGCACCAUCUGCCAACAUUGGAGGAGGUUUUGGAGGUGGUAUGGGUGGUGGAAUUGAUGUUGCCAAGCCUGAACUUGAUGUCAAUGUGAAAACUGCUAAGCCCAACAUUGGAGGAGGUUUUGGAGGUGGUAUGGGUGGUGGAAUUGACUUGCCAUCUGGAGACCUCAAGGCUGGUGGAGAUGUACAGAUGCCCAAAGGAAGCAUAGGACUAGGUGGAGGAGGGGAUAUUGGAGGUAACUUACCAUCCGGUGAUAUCAAGCUUGGCGGUGGAAUGGACAUGCCUUCAGGAGACAUUGGCAUGAAGGGGGGCUUCGGAGGAUCUGGAGGUGCUUCUUUACCAUCAGGCGGUAUUGGCAUUGGAGGUGGAAUAGGUGGCCCAUCUGCCAACUUUGGCGGAGGUGCAGGAGGUGGCAUUAACAUGCCUUCAGGAAACGUAGGAAUGGAUGUUGACACACCAAAAAUUGGAUUAGGAGGAGCUGGUGGGAUUGAUCUACCCUCAGCAAGAGUGGGAGGUGGAGCUGAUGUUGAUGCAGAUCUUCCAGAAGCAUCUCUUGGAGGAGGUGGCAACUUUGGUAGGGGUAUUGGAGGCAAGGUUAAAGCUCCAGACGCAGACCUUGAUAUGCACCUGAAACCGAAGAAGAAAAAGAAGAAGGGAGGGUUCAGUUUCAAGUUACCUAAAUUUGACUUUAACUUUGGUGGUAAAGGAGAUGCAGAUAUGGAUGUCGAUGCUGAUGUCAAGGGUGGAGCUGACAUUGACAUUGAUGGUCCAAAGCUAAAGGGAGAUGUAAGUGGUCCAGAUGUCGAUAUAGAUGCAGGUGGGAAAAAGAAGGGAAAGUUUGGCUUUGGCUUCAAAGGACCCAAGUUUGGAGGCCACGGUGGAGCUGGAGUUGAUGCUGACAUUGAUGUUGCCAAGCCUGAGCUUGAUGUCGAUGUGAAAACUGCUAAGCCCAGCAUGAGUGGAGAUGCUGACUUACCAUCAGGUGGAUUUGGACUUGGAGGAGGAAUUGGAGGGGGGAUUGGCGGUGGAGCUAAUGCAGAUCUCUCAGUUGAUGGUCCUGAUGUUGAUAUCAAGGGACCAAAACUGAAAGGUGACAUCUCAGGCCCAGACCUUGAUGUAAAUGGACCCGAUCUGGAUAUCGAUGUAGAUGGAAAGAAAAAGGGCAAAGGUGGAUUUGGAUUUGGACUGAAAAUGCCCAAAUUCGGAUUUGGAGGCCAUGGCAAAGGUGAUAUCGAUGUAGAUGCAGAUGUUGGUGUUGUCAAACCAGAAGGUGAUAUCAAAGUAAAGACUGGCAAGCCUGAUAUCGGAGGUGAUGUUGAUUUACCAUCUGGUGGAGUUGGCCUGGAUGUUGGAGGAGGGAUCGGUGGAGGACUCGGUGGAGGACUAGACAUUGAUGCUAAUGGUCCUGAUGUUGACAUAAAAGGACCAAAAGUUGGAGGUGACAUCUCAGGCCCAGACCUUGAUGUAAGUGGACCUGAUCUGGACAUUGAUGGAGGUGGAAAGAAGGGCAAAGGUGGAUUUGGAUUUGGAAUGAAAAUGCCUAAAUUUGGAUUUGGAGGCCAUGGCAAAGGUGAUAUCGACGUAGAUGCAGAUGUUGAUGUUGAAAGACCUGACCUUGAUGUCAGUGGUGAUGCAGACCUUCCAUCAGGAGGAGUCGGCCUGGAUAUCAGCGGUGGAGCUGGAGGUGAUAUUGAUGCUGACCUACCCAAAGGAGACAUUUCAAUUGAUGGACCUGAUGUAGACAUCAAAGGCCCUAAAAUCAAAGGCAGCGGUAAGAAGAAAGGCAAAGGUGGAUUUGGGUUUGGAAUGAAAAUGCCCAAAUUCGGAUUUGGAGGCCAUGGCAAAGGUGAUAUUGACGUAGAUGCAGACGUUGAUAUUGAGAGACCUGACCUUGAUGUCAGUGGGGAUGCAGACCUUCCAUCAGGAGGAGUUGGCCUGGAUGUUGGAGGAGGGAUCGGAGGCGGACUCGGUGGAGGACUAGACAUUGAUGCCAAUGGUCCUGAUGUUGACAUCAAGGGGCCAAGAGUUGGAGGUGACAUCUCAGGCCCAGACCUUGAUGUUAGUGGACCUGACCUGGACAUCAGUGGAGAUGGAAAGAAGAAGGGCAAAGGUGGAUUUGGAUUUGGACUGAAAAUGCCCAAAAUUCAUGGACCCAACUUCGGAUUUGGAGGCAAUGGCAAAGGUGAUAUCGAUGUAGAUGCAGAUGGCGGUGUUGUCAUACCUGAAGGUGAUAUCAAAGUAAAGACCGGCAAGCCUGAUAUCGGAGGUGAUGUUGAUUUGCCAUCUGGUGGAGUUGGCCUGGAUGUUGGAGGAGGGAUCGGAGGCGGACUCGGUGGAGGACUAGACAUUGAUGCCAAAGGUCCUGAUGUUGACAUCAAGGGGCCAAGAGUUGGAGGUGACAUCUCAGGCCCAGACCUUGAUGUAAGUGGACCUGACCUGGAUAUCGAUGUAGAUGGAAAGAAGAAGGGCAAAGGUGGAUUUGGAUUUGGAAUGAAAAUGCCCAAAAUUCAUGGACCCAACUUCGGAUUUGGAGGCCAUGGCAAAGGUGAUAUUGAUGUAGAUGCAGACGUUGAUAUUGAAAGACCAGACCUUGAUGUCAGUGGGGAUGCAGACCUUCCAUCAGGAGGAGUUGGCCUGGAUGUUGGAGGAGGGAUCGGAGGAGGAAUCGGUGGAGGAAUAGACAUUGAUGCAAAAGGUCCAGAUGCUGAUCUUUCCAUUGAUGGUCCUGAUGUUGACUUCAAGGGCCCUAAAGUUGGAGGUGAUAUCUCAGGCCCAGACCUUGAUGUGAGUGGACCCGAUCUGGAUAUCGAUGUAGAUGGAAAGAAGAAGGGCAAAGGUGGAUUUGGAUUUGGACUGAAAAUGCCCAAAAUUCAUGGACCCAACUUCGGAUUUGGAGGCAAUGGCAAAGGUGAUAUUGAUGUGGAUGCAGAUGUCGGUGUUGUCAUACCUGAAGGUGAUAUCAAAGUAAAAACUGGCAAGCCUGACAUUGGAGGAGGACUGGAUGUCGGAGGAGGACUCGGUGGAGGACUAGACAUUGAUGCUAAAGGUCCUGAUGUUGACAUAAAAGGACCAAAAGUUGGAGGUGACAUCUCAGGCCCAGACCUUGAUGUAAGUGGACCUGAUCUGGACAUAGAUGGAGGUGGAAAGAAGGGCAAAGGUGGAUUUGGAUUUGGACUGAAAAUGCCCAAAUUCGGAUUUGGAGGCCAUGGCAAAGGUGAUAUUGAUGUAGAUGCAGACGCUGAUAUAGAAAGACCUGACCUUGAUGUCAGUGGGGAAGCAGACCUUCCAUCGGGAGGAGUUGGCCUGGAUAUCAGCGGUGGAGCUGGAGGUGAUAUUGAUGCUGACUUACCCAAAGGCGACAUUUCCAUUGAUGGACCUGAUGCUGAUAUCAAAGGCCCUAAAAUCAAAGGAGGCAAGAAGAAGAAGGGCAAAGGUGGAUUUGGAUUUGGACUGAAAAUGCCCAAAUUCCAUGGAUUUGGAGGCCAUGGCAAAGGUGAUAUUGACGUAGAUGCAGAUGUUGAAAUUGACAAACCUGAAGUUGAUGUCAACUUGAAGACUGGCAAGCCUGACAUUGGAGGAGGACUUGAUGUUGGAGGAGGUAUUGGUGGAGGACUAGACAUUGAUGCUAAUGGUCCUGAUGUUGACAUAAAAGGACCAAAAGUUGGAGGUGACAUCUCAGGCCCAGACCUUGACGUAAGUGGACCCGAUCUGGAUAUCGAUGUAGAUGGACAGAAAAAGGGAAAAGGUGGAUUUGGAUUUGGACUGAAAAUGCCCAAAUUCGGGUUUGGAGGCCAUGGCAAAGGUGAUAUUGACGUAGAUGCAGACGUUGAUAUUGAAAGACCUGACCUUGAUGUCAGUGGGGAUGCAGACCUUCCAUCAGGAGGAGUUGGCCUGGAUAUCAGCGGUGGAGCUGGAGGUGAUAUUGAUGCUGACCUACCCAAAGGAGACAUUUCAAUUGAUGGACCUGAUGUAGACAUCAAAGGCCCUAAAAUCAAAGGCAGCGGUAAGAAGAAGGGCAAAGGUGGAUUUGGAUUUGGAAUGAAAAUGCCCAAAUUCGGAUUUGGAGGCCAUGGCAAAGGUGAUAUUGACGUAGAUGCAGACGUUGAUAUUGAGAGACCUGACCUUGAUGUCAGUGGGGAUGCAGACCUUCCAUCAGGAGGAGUUGGCCUGGAUGUUGGAGGAGGGAUCGGAGGCGGACUCGGUGGAGGACUAGACAUUGAUGCCAAUGGUCCUGAUGUUGACAUCAAGGGGCCAAAAGUUGGAGGUGACAUCUCAGGCCCAGACCUUGAUGUGAGUGGACCCGAUCUGGAUAUCGAUGUAGAUGGAAAGAAAAAGGGAAAAGGUGGAUUUGGAUUUGGACUAAAAAUGCCCAAAAUUCAUGGACCCAACUUUGGAUUUGGAGGCCAUGGCAAAGGUGAUAUCGAUGUAGAUGCAGAUGGCGGUGUUGUCAUACCUGAAGGUGAUAUCAAAGUAAAGACUGGCAAGCCUGAUAUCGGAGGUGAUGUUGAUUUGCCAUCUGGUGGAGUUGACCUGGAUGUUGGAGGAGGAAUUGGAGGAGGGAUCGGAGGAGGACUUGGUGGAGGACUAGACAUUGAUGCCAAAGGUCCUGAUGUUGACAUCAAGGGGCCAAGAGUUGGAGGUGACAUCUCAGGCCCAGACCUAGAUGUAAGUGGACCCGAUGUUGAUAUCGAUGUAGAUGGAAAGAAGAAGGGCAAAGGUGGAUUUGGAUUUGGACUGAAAAUGCCCAAAAUUCAUGGGCCUAAUUUCGGAUUUGGAGGCCAUGGCAAAGGUGAUAUUGACGUAGAUGCAGACGUUGAUAUUGAGAGACCUGACCUUGAUGUCAGUGGGGAUGCAGACCUUCCAUCAGGAGGAGUUGGCCUGGAUGUUGGAGGAGGGAUCGGAGGAGGACUUGGUGGAGGACUAGACAUUGAUGCCAAUGGUCCUGAUGUUGACAUCAAGGGGCCAAGAGUUGGAGGUGACAUCUCAGGCCCAGACCUAGAUGUAAGUGGACCCGAUGUAGAUAUCGAUGUAGAUGGAAAGAAGAAGGGCAAAGGUGGAUUUGGAUUUGGAAUGAAAAUGCCCAAAUUCGGAUUUGGAGGCCAUGGCAAAGGUGAUAUUGACGUAGAUGCAGACGUUGAUAUUGAGAGACCUGACCUUGAUGUCAGUGGGGAUGCAGACCUUCCAUCAGGAGGAGUUGGCCUGGAUGUUGGAGGAGGGAUCGGAGGAGGACUCGGUGGAGGACUAGACAUUGAUGCCAAUGGUCCUGAUGUUGACAUCAAGGGGCCAAAAGUUGGAGGAGACAUCUCAGGCCCAGACCUUGAUGUAAGUGGACCCGAUCUGGAUAUCGAUGUAGAUGGAAAGAAGAAGGGCAAAGGGGGAUUUGGAUUUGGACUGAAAAUGCCCAAAAUUCAUGGACCCAACUUUGGAUUUGGAGGCCAUGGCAAAGGUGAUAUCGAUGUAGAUGCAGAUGGCGGUGUUGUCAUACCUGAAGGUGAUAUCAAAGUAAAGACUGGCAAGCCUGAUAUCGGAGGUGAUAUUGAUUUGCCAUCUGGUGGAGUUGACCUGGAUGUUGGAGGAGGGAUCGGAGGAGGAAUUGAUGGAGGACUCGACAUUGAUGCCAAGGGGCCAAAAGUUGGAGGUGACAUCUCAGGCCCAGACCUUGAUGUAAGUGGACCUGAUCUGGACAUCGAUGGAGAUGGAAAGAAGAAGGGCAAAGGUGGAUUUGGAUUUGGACUGAAAAUGCCCAAAUUUGGAUUUGGAGGCCAUGGCAAAGGUGAUAUUGAUGUAGAUGCAGACGUCGACAUUGAGAGACCUGACCUUGAUGUCAGUGGGGAUGCAGACCUUCCAUCAGGAGGAGUUGGCCUGGAUAUCGGUGGUGGAGCUGGAGGUAAUAUUGAUGCUGACCUACCGAAAGGAGACAUUUCCAUUGAUGGACCUGAUGUUGACAUAAAUGGCCCUAAAAUCAAAGGCAGAGGCAGUGGGAAGAAAAAGGGCAAAGGUGGAUUCGGCUUUGGACUGAAAAUGCCCAAAUUUGGAGGUCAUGGUGGGGCAGGAGAUGUUGAUGCUGACAUUGAUGCUGGAGGAGGAAUUGGAGGAAAAGCUGGACUAGGGGGAGGAAUUGGUGUAGAUCUGAAUGGACCUGAUGCUGAUAUUGACAUUAAAGGACCCAAAAUUGGAGGUGGUAUCUCGGGGCCUGAUAUUGAUGGAGGAGCAGACAUCAACAUUAAACCAGAGACCGAUAUCAACAUCAAAGCAGGAAAGCCAGACAUUGAUAUGGGAAUCGGAGGUGGUCUUGGUGGAACAGUAGCUGUAGGAAAUGUUGAUGUUGAUGGCCCUGAUGCUGAUCUUGAUGUAAAUAUUAAAGGACCAAAAGUGAAGAAAGGAAGCAAAGGCAAGGGGAAAUUCAAGUUGGGAGGCUUCAAGUUUGGAUCUAAAGGACAUGAAGCAGAUGCUGAUCUCUCAGGAAAAGUUGAUGUUGGUGCUCCAGAUGUUGAUGCUUCCGUUAAUGGUGGGGGUCUUGAUGUAGAUGCACCAGAUGCUGGAUUUAGCCUUGGUGGAAAGAAAAAGAAAUACAACAUUUCUGGAGGAGGAAAGAAAGACAAAGGCUUUGGCAUUGGUGGCAAGUUCAAGCUAGGAGGAGAUGCAGAUGUUGAUGCUCCAGAUGUGAAAGUCGGAGGAGACAUCGAUGCUGAUGUUAAAGGAGACAUUGAUGUAAAUGCACCAGAUGUCGACAUUAAGGGAGGUGUAAAAGGGAAGAAGAAGAAGAAGAAAAGAAAGAGCAAGAAGUUUGGAUUUGGUGGAUUCAACCUGGGAUUUGGAGGCAGUGGUGAUCAUACAUCCUCAUCAGAUUCAAGCUCAAGUUCAGAUGAAGAAGGUGGUGGCCGCAAGGGCUUCGGAUUUGGCUUCAAAGGUCCAAAGCUUGGAGGAGGAGUAGAUGCUGGUGGUGACUUGAAAGUAAAAGGACCCGAUAUGAAUGUUGAUGCCAAUGGAGAAUUACCAGAUGUCAAGACUGAUAUUGGAGGAGGAGGAGGACUCGGUGGAAACCUCGGAGGAGGGGGAGGAGGAUUUGGCAUUGGUGGAGGAGGAAUAAAUGUUGAUGCCAAUGUUGACAAACCAGACUUCAGUCUAGGAGGAGGAGGAGGAGUAGACCUAGAUGCUAAUGUAGGCAAACCAGACAUCAGUCUAGGAGGAGGAGGACUCGGUGGAAACCUCGGAGGAGGGGGAGGAGGAUUUGGCAUUGGUGGAGGAGGAAUAAAUGUUGAUGCCAAUGUUGACAAACCAGACAUUAACCUAGGAGGAGGAGGAGGACUCGGCGGAAGCCUAGGUGGAGGAGGAGGAGUAGACCUAGAUGCUAAUGUAGGCAAACCAGACAUCAGCCUAGGAGGAGGAGGAGGACUUGGUGGAAACCUCGGAGGAGGGGGAGGAGGAUUUGGCAUUGGUGGAGGAGGAAUAAAUGUUGAUGCCAAUGUUGACAAACCAGACUUCAGUCUAGGAGGAGGAGGAGGACUCGGCGGAAGCCUAGGCGGAGGAGGAGGAGUAGACCUAGAUGCUAAUGUUGGCAAACCAGACAUCAGCCUAGGAGGAGGAGGAGUAGACCUAGAUGCUAAUGUUGACAAACCAGACAUCAACCUUGGAGGAGGAGGAGGACUUGGUGGAACCCUCGGAGGAGGGGGAGGAGGAUUUGGCAUUGGUGGAGGAGGAGUAGACCUAGAUGCUAAUGUUGACAAACCAGACAUCAACCUUGGAGGAGGAGGAGGACUCGGUGGAAACCUCGGAGGAAACCUCGGAGGAGGGGGAGGAGGAUUUGGCAUUGGUGGAGGAGGAAUAAAUGUUGAUGCCAAUGUUGACAAACCAGACUUCAGUCUAGGAGGAGGAGGAGGACUCGGCGGAAGCCUAGGCGGAGGAGGAGGAGUGGACCUAGAUGCUAAUGUUGACAAACCAGACAUCAACCUAGGAGGAGGAGGAGGACUCGGCUUUGGUGGCAAAGGUGGAUUUGGAGGAGGCAUUGGACUUCCAUCUGGAAAAGCAUCAUUGAGUGGUCCAGAUAUAGACGUUGGUGGAAAGGGUGGACUUGAUGUAGAUGUCAAUAAACCAGACCUCGAUGUCUCUGGAGGACUUGGUGGGGAACUGGGUGGAGGACUUGGAGGUGGAAUCAGUGGUGGUAUUGGUGCUCCAUCAGGAGGUCUUUCUCUCGAUGGACCAGAUGUGUCUGUAAAACCAGAAGCUGAUAUCAACAUUCGUGCAGGAAAACCUAAUGUUGAUCUACCAGAAGCAGAUCUGAAACUUGAUGCACCGGAUAUUGAUGCUCCAGAUGCUGGACUUGGAUUUGGUUUCGGGAAAAAGGGAAAAGGAUCUGGAAAGAAAGGAAAGGGUGGAUUUGGAUUUGGAUUUGGAAAGUCAGCAAAAGGGUCUGCUGAAGUUCCAGAUGUAGACAUUUCAGCCAAAGGCGAUGUUGACAUCAAAGGACCUGAUGUCGCUGUUGGAGGGGAUGGAGAUGCAGAUUUGUCGGGAGAUUUGAGCGUGAGUCCUCCAGAGGGUAAAUUUGAUAUUGGCGGUAAAGGGAAGAAGAAGAAGAAAAAGAAGAAGGGAGGUUUCUUUGGCAUAAACCUUAGCUUUGGUGGAUCUGAUUCUGAUUCUGAUGAUGACAAGAAAGAUGUUAAGCUUGGUGGUGGCAUUGGAGCGGACAUUGAUGUGAAAGGCCCAAACGUAAAAGGUGAUGCUGAUCUUAGUGGUGGACUAGAUGGCAAGGUAAAUCUUGGUGGAGGUGGCAUCACUAUUGGCGCUGCAGAUGUAGAUGCUGGCCUUGAUGUAGUCAAGCCGGAAGCAGAUAUUAAUAUCAAAUCAUCCAAGCCAGGGGCUAACAUCGGUGGGGACAUUGGUGUUGGUGGCAUAAAAGAUGUAGAUAUUGAAGGGCCAAAAGCAGACAUUGGAGGUGGCUUUAACAUCGGUGGAAAGAAGGGUUCAGGCAAGAAAGGCAAAGGGGGAGGAUUUCACUUCGGGAAAGCAAAAUUAGGAGGCGGAGCUAAAGGUCAUGUGAAUGGAGAUGCUGAUCUCAAUGCCCCAGAAAUAUCAGCCGGUAUAGGAGGAGAUGCCAAUUUAGGUGGUAAUGCCAGUUCUCCUGAUGUUGAUCUUAAAGGUCCAGACAUAGAUGCACCAUCAGGCGGCUUUGGCUUUGGUUUUGGAAAGAAAGACAAGAAAGGAGGCUCUGGAAAGAAGGACAAAAAAGGAAAAUUCAAGAUCGGUGGAAAAUUGGGAUUCGGAGGCUCAGGAGGUGCAGACAUGGAUGUAGAAUCACCAAAGGGAGAGAUCAAACUGCCUUCGGGUGAUGCGGAUAUUUCUGUUAAACCCGAGGUUGAUAUAGACAUCAAAUCUGCUAAACCAGACAUUGGGGGUACUGCAGACCUGUCCGUGAAAGGGCCAGAUGUUGAUGUAAAUGUACCAGAUGCUUCUCUGGAUGUUAAAGGUCCUGAAAUUGAUGCCCCAUCGGGUGGUUUUGGAUUCGGUUUUGGAAAGAAGGGAAAGAAAGGCUCUGGAAAGAAGGACAAGAAAGGCAAAUUCAAAAUUGGUGGAAAGCUGGGAGGGGGUGCAGAUGUAGAUGUGUCCUCUCCAUCCGGCGAAGAUGACAUCAAUGGCAAAGGAGAUAUAGACGUAGAUGCUCCUGAAGGUGGAUUUGGCCUGAAGUUUGGCAAGAAAGGAAAGAAGGAUGGAUCUGGAAAGAAGGAUAAAAGUGGGAAGUUCAAGAUUGGAGGUAAACUUGGAUUUGGAGGCUCAGGAGGUGGAGGUGCAGACAUCAAAUCACCUGCAAUUGAUGCAUCACUACCAUCAGGGGGAAUAGAUGUCAACGGAGACGCAGAUAUAUCUGUUAAACCUGAAAUAGAUGCUAGCAUCAAAUCCAGUAAGCCAGGAGGAGGUAUCGGAGGGUUUGGUGGUGGAAUAGGUGUAGGAGGAGGUCUCGAUAUGGAUGUUGACAAGCCCAAGCUAGAUAUUGGAGGUGGAAUUGGUGCUGGAACAAAUGGAGAAGUAGAUGUCAAUGUAGCAGACGUGAAAGGAGGAGGAGGAUUUGGCAUUGGAGGAGGCAUUGAUAUUAAUAAACCAGACAUCAACAUUGGGGGAGGUGGUAAACUAGGUGGAGAUGCAAAGGUGGAUGUAGACAAGCCAGACCUUGAUGUAGAUGCUGAUGGUAAAAAGAAAGGAAAAUUUGGAUUUGGAUUUGGCUUCGGCAAAUCGAAAAAGGAUGGUUCCAGUAGUUCCAGCAGUUCCUCAAGCAGCAGCAGUUCAGAUUCCAGUGACUCAGAAGGAAAGAAAAAAUCCAAAAAGGACAAGAAGAAAAAGAAGAAGGGUAAAAAAGGAUUCGGCUUUGGCUUUGGAUUUGGUGGAAAAGGAGACGCUGAUGUAGACAUUCCUAAACCUGAUGUUGACGUUGGAGGUGGAAUAGGAAUUGGAGGAGGCCUAGGUGGAGGCGGAGGUCUAGAUGUCGGUGCUAAUGUUGACAAACCAGACAUCAACCUAGGAGGAGGAGGAGGACUUGGGGGAAACCUCGGAGGAGGGGGAGGAGGAGGAUUUGGCAUUGGUGGAGGAGGAAUAAAUGUUGAUGCCAAUGUUGAAAAACCAGACUUCAGUCUAGGAGGAGGAGGAGGACUCGGCGGAAGCCUAGGUGGAGGAGGAGUCGACCUAGAUGCUAAUGUUGACAAACCAGACAUCAACCUAGGAGGAGGUGCAGACAUUAACCUAGGAGGAGGAGGAGGACUCGGCGGAAGCCUAGGUGGAGGAGGAGUCGACCUAGAUGCUAAUGUUGACAAACCAGACAUCAACCUAGGGGGAGGGGGAGGAGGAGGACUCGGAAGCCUCGGAGGAGGAGAAAUCGGCAUUGGUGGAGGAGGAAUGAAUGUUGAUGCCAAUGUUGAAAAACCAGACUUCAGUCUAGGAGGAGGAGGACUCGGUGGAAGCCUAGGUGGAGGAGGAGUCGACCUAGAUGCUAAUGUUGACAAACCAGACAUCAACCUAGGAGGAGGAGCAGACAUUAACCUAGGAGGAGGAGGAGGAGGAGGAGGAGGUGGAUUUGGCUUUGGCUUUGGCAAAUCUAAAAAAGAUAGUUCCAGCAGUUCCUCAAGCAGCAGCAGUUCAGAUUCCAAUGACUCAGAAGGAAAGAAAAAAUCCAAAAAGGACAAGAAGAAAAAGAAGAAGGGUAAAAAAGGAUUCGGCUUUGGCUUUGGAUUUGGUGGAAAAGGAGACGCUGAUGUAGACAUUCCUAAACCUGAUGUUGACGUUGGAGGUGGAAUAGGCAUUGGAGGAGGUCUAGGUGGAGGAGGAGGAGGAUUCGGCAUUGGUGGAGGAGGAAUAAAUGUUGAUGCCAAUGUUGAGAAACCAGACUUCAGCCUAGGAGGUGGAGGAGGACUUGGCAGAAGCCUAGGUGGAGGAGGAGGAGUUGACCUAGAUGCUAAUGUUGACAAACCAGACAUCAACCUAGGAGGUGGAGGAGGACUCGGCGGAAGCCUAGGAGGAGGAGGAGGAGUUGACCUAGAUGCUAAUAUUGACAAACCAGACAUCAGCCUAGGAGGAGGAGGUGGACUCAGCGGAAGCCUAGGAGGAGGUCUCGGCGGAAGCCUAGGUGGAGGAGGAGUUGACCUAGAUGCUAAUGUUGACAAACCAGAGAUCGGCCUAGGAGGAGGAGGAGGAGGAUUCGGCAUUGGUGGAGGAGGAAUAAAUGUUGAUGCCAAUGUUGAGAAACCAGACUUCAGCCUAGGAGGAGGAGGAGGAGGACUCGGCGGAAGCCUAGGUGGAGGAGGAGUCGACCUAGAUGCUAAAGUUGACAAACCAGACAUCAGCCUAGGAGGAGGAGGAGGAGGAUUCGGCAUUGGUGGAGGAGGAAUAAAUGUUGAUGCCAAUGUUGAGAAACCAGACUUCAGCCUAGGAGGUGGAGGAGGACUCGGCGGAAGCCUAGGUGGAGGAGGAGGAGUUGACCUAGAUGCUAAUGUUGACAAACCAGACAUCAGCCUAGGAGGAGGAGGUGGAAUCGGCGGAAGCCUAGGAGGAGGUCUCGGCGGAAGCCUAGGUGGAGGAGGAGUUGACCUAGAUGCUAAUGUUGACAAACCAGAGAUCGGCCUAGGAGGAGGAGGAGGAGGAGGUGGAUUUGGAUUUGGCAUUGGUGGAGGAGGAAUAAAUGUUGAUGCCGAUGUUGACAAACCAGACUUCAGCCUAGGUGGAGGAGGAGUUGACCUAGAUGCUAAUGUUGACAAACGAGAGAUCGGCCUAGGAGGAGGAGGAGGAGGAGGUGGAUUUGGAUUUGGCAUUGGUGGAGGAGGAAUAAAUGUUGAUGCCAAUGUUGAGAAACCAGACUUCAGCCUAGGAGGUGGAGGAGGACUUGGCGGAAGCCUAGGUGGAGGAGGAGGAGUUGACCUAGAUGCUAAUGUUGACAAACCAGACAUCAGCCUAGGAGGAGGAGGUGGAAUCGGCGGAAGCCUAGGAGGAGGUCUCGGCGGAAGCCUAGGUGGAGGAGGAGUUGACCUAGAUGCUAAUGUUGACAAACCAGAGAUCGGCCUAGGAGGAGGAGGAGGAGGAGGUGGAUUUGGAUUUGGCAUUGGUGGAGGAGGAAUAAAUGUUGAUGCCGAUGUUGACAAACCAGACUUCAGCCUUGGAGGAGGUGGACUCGGCGGAAGCCUAGGAGGAGGUCUCGGCGGAAGCCUAGGUGGAGGAGGAGUUGACCUAGAUGCUAAUGUUGACAAACGAGAGAUCGGCCUAGGAGGAGGAGGAGGAGGAGGUGGAUUUGGAUUUGGCAUUGGUGGAGGAGGAAUAAAUGUUGAUGCCAAUGUUGAGAAACCAGACUUCAGCCUAGGAGGUGGAGGAGGACUUGGCGGAAGCCUAGGUGGAGGAGGAGGAGUUGACCUAGAUGCUAAUGUUGACAAACCAGACAUCAGCCUAGGAGGAGGAGGUGGGCUCGGCGGAAGCCUAGGAGGAGGAGGUGGAUUUGGAUUUGGCAUUGGUGGAGGAGGAAUAAAUGUUGAUGCCGAUGUUGACAAACCAGACUUGAGCCUAGGAGGUGGAGGAGGACUCGGCAUUGGUGGAGGAGGAAUAAAUGUUGAUGCCGAUGUUGACAAACCAGACUUCAGCCUAGGAGGAGGAGGAGGACUCGGCGGAAGCCUAGGUGGAGGAGGAGGAGUAGACCUAGAUGCUAAUGUUGACAAACGAGAGAUCGGCCUAGGAGGAGGAGGAGGAGGAGGUGGAUUUGGAUUUGGCAUUGGUGGAGGAGGAGUAGACCUAGAUGCUAAUGUAGACAAACCUGACUUGAGCCUAGGAGGAGGAGGAGGAGGAUUUGGCAUUGGUGGAGGAGGAAUAAAUGUUGAUGCCGAUGUUGACAAACCAGACUUCAGCCUAGGAGGAGGAGGAGGACUCGGCGGAAGCCUAGGAGGAGGAGGAGGAAUAGAUGUAGAUGCUAAUGUUGACAAACCAGAUUUCAGCAUUGGUGGACAAGGGGGCAUUGGGGGAGGAUCGAAUGUGGACAUAGGAGGAGGCUUUGGAGGUGGUAUUGGUAGCAGCAGCCUUGGCAUUGGUGGUGUUGAUGCAGAUGGAAAGGGUGAUAUGAAGUUAGGCUUAGGUGGUGAUAUAAAUACUGAUGGUGAUUUAUCUUCCAACAUUCCUUCUGCAUCGCUUGGUGGUGGUGGAGCCCUGGGUGCAGAUGUCUCAGCAGGUGGUGAUGCAGGUGCUGGUAUUAAUGUAGAUUUACCUGAAGGAGGAAUUAGCAUUGGAGGAAGCCUUGGUAUAGGUGGGGGAAAGAAGGAAAAGAAGAAAAAGAGGAAGGACCGCAAGAAAGACGGGAGCGAGAAAAAAGAGAAGAAGGACAAAAAAAAGAAGAAGUCUGGAUUCAGUCUUCUAGGAGCGGUUGGAAUUGGUAGUGGAUCUGAAAGCUCAUCCUCAUCCUCGUCUUCGUCGGAUUCAGAAGGUUUCUUCUCCAGGGUCGCGGAUGCAAUUGGUAUUGGCUCAGACUCUGAUAAAGAUGACAACCCAAACUCAAACAAUAACAAUGGCAAUGUUCUAAAUGUUAACAACAGCAAUUCAGAUGAUAUUGAAGUACAAGAGAAUCACAAUAAUAAUGCAAAUGAUGACGAGAAAGCUGGAGCUGCAGGAACGAGUUCUCCCCAUUCAAAGUCUGAAGGGAAACAUAAGAAAGAAUCUAGCGACAAGGCGAAGAGAAAAGGUCUCGGCAAAUUGUUUGGAGGCAAGAGGAAGCCGCGCGAUGUCAUGCUGGAAAUUCCAGCUGAAGCCACAGAAGGGAAACCCAGUGACGCACAGCGCAAGCCUCUUUCAGAACUUCAAAGCAGCACAGAUGCAACACCAUCCCAACAAGUCACAGUACCCUCACAGUACUCUAGAGCAGAAUUUCUUCCAAGGUCACCAAAAGUAGCAGCAGAAGCAGUAGAAGCACCAAAGAGCAGAAACAAGAAGAGGAGAGCCCCCCUACCUCCAUCAGAAAGAACGGCUUCAUUAUCUCGUGAUUCCAUCUCAGAAGGUUCUUGGCCAUCAACAACAUCACUUGAGUCUGUGCCAUCAUCAGCAUUGAAGACGACACCAUCUCUAGCCUCAGUGCCACAGGAGAGCAAGAUUACCAGGAGAGAGGCGCCAGCAACAGAAAAAGUCACGGGCCACCCCAUGGGAGGAAUGCAGACCGUACCAGUCCAGCCAGCUACCACCAUCUCAUCGGGGACACCAGAGCAGAGGCUAAGUGAAUAAGGACAACCGGCAUCUACUAACCAAGAGACUGAACCACAACAAAAGUCAGAUGAACCGUGUACAGCUGUUUUAUAUCAAAAAAAUAUUUGUAAGUUUAUAUGUCUAUAUAAGUUUGUUUACAAAUGUUGAAACCUAAAGUUGCUAUUUCAGUUUUGUACUAGAACAUAUUAUUUGUUAAAUGAUUAAUAAUUCUUGAAAAGAUAUUAACUAAUGGGGAAACUGAUCUUAACUUUUUGAAAACUAUGGCAGAACAUUGGGAGUUUGGUGGCAUUUUUUAACAGAAUAGGACCAAUAAUUGUAGUGAAAUGUAGUAACACUUGUAUGGAUCUAAGAUCGCAGAGCUACACAGUCAAUGGUUAAAUUAGCAGACACUUUUAGUCUGAUCAAUGGUUAUACUCAAUCUGAUUAUGUUUUUCUGGAAUAUUACAAUUAUUCUAUUUUCUUUUUCUUUGAAGGAUCCAUGCUAUUUGUAUAAAAUUUGGCAAAUUGCGGAAUUUAAGUGGACAGUUUGUGUUCUGUUAACCAGAGUUCAAAUGACCUUUUGUAAUUGUCAUUUCUUUUAUACUAAAUUGUUCCGCAAAUUUCAGUCGGCCUUAACAUACAGUAUGUAAAGAGCUUAUGUUUUGCCAUUAUACACCUUCAUACGAGAAACUCUAAAUCACGGAGUAAUUAUAGUUGUCUUUCACACCCCUGUACUAGUGAAAGGAUGGAAUUAUUUUGAAAUAUAAUGUUCAGCCUUACACCUCAAUGGGACUCCCAUGUAACUCAACUUUCACCUUUGACCUCUGACCUCUGACCUGUUUCUUACAGUCUGUCAACUUGCCAGACAUGUCAUUACCAACUAUGAAAUUGGAAGGUCAAGAGAAUCCCUCCCUUCUUUGUAGAAGAACUUCCUGUUACAAUCUUUCUUGAAAAGUCUUUCAAAACUGGCAUUAAUUUUGCCCCAUAGUCGUCCACCAGACAAGUAAUAGAGUGAAAAUUGAUUCUUAAAUUUUGACCAAUUCCACAUGGGUAUGAAUACUGGGUAAGGGGUGUGAAUUUUAUCUCUUUAUAAUAAAGCUUUCUUUGAGAACCUUGCUUUUGGUUUGCAUCGAGUCGUGCUGUUUUGGGCAUCUACAUGAUGCUUUUCAUGUCAGAAACCUAUUCGCUGCAAAGCAUACUGUGUAUCUCAUCAAGAAAUUAUCAGUUUUGAUGUAUGAUAUCACAUUUUGUACACAUGUAAAUGUUGAAACCAUUUUUAUGCUCCAAAUGAAUGUUUGAAAAAAAGAGUGCCUUAUACAAGUUACUUGCACAUCUGUCUAUGUAUGUUUAAGACACAGGGUUAGAACUAUUUGAGUUUUUUUGCAGAAACAUUUAAAGAAACUUACAGAGAAAUGGAAUUCCUUUGUUUUCAGAGAUUCCAGACAAUACUGUUUAAAUGAAAAUGCAGGUGUUUGCAUCCAUUUUUGUAAUGGUACAUUUAAUUUGUCAUCUAUCUGCGAAAUUGAUAUUUAUUUUAUUUUCAGUUGACAAAGAGGCAUAAGAGGUAUUAUAACAAAAACAAAAAAAAUGAUAAAGGAAGUGGUUUGAAUCCACUGAAAAUACUUCUAAAAAAGAAAAAUGUUUGAACCCAAAUGAAAAUGGGUAAACUUGACAGAUUAUACAGCGAUAAAUGUGUGCUGCUAGUUUCGCGGUGGUGAAUUUGGUAGCUCUACCCGACAUGGGGCUAUCAAAAUCUCACUCGCAGACUUAAAGCUUCUAAUGUACUCUGCAUGAAUAUAAUCAUGAAGAAAAACAAAUCUGUCAGGUGUAAUAUUUUGAUUUUGAAAAGCCUCUCAAAUGUAGAAUUUAAUUAACUUGUAGUAUUUGUGUUAUUUACAGAAUGGAAUUUAAUGGAAUUUAAUAGUAAUGGAAUCAAUUUGGCACAUUUUGCAUAACUUAUAAAUAUAUAUGUAUUAUGAUGGAGUGGAAGGUAAAUAAGUGUAUAGCUCUCAAUAUGUGACUGACAUUUGUUAUUUUGUUUUGUCAAAAAAUCUGCUCGAUGAAUGCUGAUGAUAUAUGUGGCUUCUAGGAACGGACCAAGACGCUUAAUCCCGGCCUAGCAUUUUGGUCCAUUCCUAGACCAAGAAUUUAGACUUCUUGUGAGGUGCAGAAAUCUUUUUAAAAAAAGACAGUUUAUGACAUGAACAAAGUGAAUGUUAACAAAUGGAUUUACAAAAAAUGGCUAUAUUUUUAUUGUAAAUAAUUCUUGUACCGACAUAUAUGGUUAUAAUAUAACACUCCCAGUAUAAUCUUGAAUUUGAAAAAUCUAUCCCAAUUUUGUAACUUUCAUCUUGUAUAACUUUUGACUGUUCAAUGAAGGAAAAAAUUUACCUUGAACGCAUGUUUGACUUAGAAAAAAAAUAACUUUCAGAAUAUUGCUUGUUUGUAUCGCAUGACAUAAAUCGUUGGCAUAACCAGGCUAGUUAUUAAGCAAUUAUUAAGCAAUAAUACUCUUUCUUUUUAAGAGCAAGUAUUGAAAGUAUAAAUGAUUGCUGGGUAUAAUCUAACCGUGCCUUACAAUUACAUCCCCUUUUCCAUCAUUCAAUUCAGUUUCUUUGUUUCUGAUAGAGACAUUUGCAGUUUAGUUUAUAAACAAAAAGGAGAGAAUAUCUUCAUGGUUAAAUUUAUUUUGUAUGUAGCAACCUGAUUACGUUACUUGUGUACAUGUAUAUUGUUUAGAUGGAUAAUUGAAGAUGUUAUGCUCGUAUGUUGUAUCUUGUUGUUUUUUCCAUCAAUAAAACUGAGUUACCUGAAGAAGUCAAAAUGAAAAAAA